UGCUAUCGUCUUCCACUCACUCACUCACUCACUGCAGUCACCAUGCUCCACCUCGUACGCGCUACCAGACUCCAAGCCACCGUUGGGGCCAGUCUGUUGAACAACAGUGCUCGAGCUUUCUCCUCCUCUGCAUUGUCCCUCAAGUACACUAAGAGUCAGCGAGAGGAACUUGAACUCCACGGUCUGCAACCACCCCCUAAGGCGCCUACCCUCCCUUAUGGAGCCUUCGUCAGGGACUUUUAUGCCAAUGGCAGCGGAGGGGACAAAGUGCCCGUCACGCAAGCCAGUGCUGAGAUCAAAGAAGCGUGGGGGAAGCUUUCUGCUGCCGAGAAAUCCAAGUACCAAGAGGAAUACAAACAGGCUCGACAGCGAUACCAACAAGAAUUCGAGACUUACAUGGCAUCCUUGUCUAAGAAGGACUUGAACAAUGUCGAAAAGAUUAUCGGAAGGAUCAGAAUGCCUGGAGGACGUCAGGCAGCUACCAACAAGGACGGAGAGCCACGAAAAGUCUCUGGAUACAUCAAGUUCUCCCAGGAUCUCAGGUCUAGCGGGAAAAUCGACAUUGAGCAAUGGACCGGCAGGGACAGAGUUAUCGAAUUCGCUAAAGAGGCAGGUCGACAAUGGAAGGCUUUGGACCAGUCUGAGCGAGACAGCUGGAACCAAAGGGCCAAGGGGGAGUAAAUGCAGACAUGUGCUAGGUAGAAUUGAGUAGAGGAGGAUGAUCUUCUUUCGAAAGACAGGGCGACAAAUUGUAAAACGACGGAUGACACGACUCAUUUCUUCUGCGCUUUACGUUCUGAUCCGCCCUAUGCGUUGGCGUCUAUGACACAAUUGUCGACUGUAGUGCUCUCGCGCUAGAGCCAGACCCUUCUUGAGACACAUCUAUUGAAUUUCAGGAUUAAAUUGCUUCUUGAGACACAUCUAUUGAACUUCAGGA